UUGGCUUCACUUCUGGACUUGGCUACUGUCCUGGGCAUGGAUUGGGCCGCGGGGUUGUCAAUGUUGUCCGGGGGCGUGGCCAUCGCUAAUAAAGAGCCGGGCUGGCGCGGCAACUGCAGUAGAUUCCACCGCAGCUAGAGAUCCUGUCUGUGAGCGGGAGGCGGAGCUCGGCAGUUCCGUCCGCUUCAGCCGCAGCGUCCCACCGCCGGGUGUCUUGCCGCAGCCUCCAGAGAGGAGACGGACUGUCACUCCCUCUAUCAGAAAAAUGUCUGCUCCAGCUCAACCACCCGCCGAAGGGGCAGAAGGGGCUGCCCCAGGAGGGGGUCCCCCUGGCCCUCCUCCUAACAUGACCAGUAACAGACGACUGCAGCAAACCCAGGCACAAGUGGAGGAGGUGGUGGACAUCAUGCGUGUGAAUGUGGACAAGGUCCUAGAGAGGGACCAGAAGCUGUCAGAGCUGGAUGACCGAGCUGACGCCUUACAGGCGGGAGCGUCACAAUUUGAGAGCAGUGCCGCUAAGCUAAAGAGGAAGUAUUGGUGGAAAAACUGCAAGAUGAUGAUCAUGCUGGGAGCUAUCUGUGCCAUCAUCGUGGUAGUUAUUGUAAUCUACUUUUUUACUUAAGAAUGUGCCACCCCUCCCCUGUUCUCCAUUGCCAUCCACACUCAUGCCCCUGUCCCUCUGUUUGCUCUCAGCACACUCCCCAUCUGCCUCCCUCCCGCCCAGCCCAGGCUUCUCCAUCACCCAUGGCUCCCGUUCUGUUGCGUUCAUUUGCACUCUGUCCCUCCACACUAGAAAUGCUGCUCGUGGCUCAGUCUUGAAGUCACUGCCUGAGGAGCAACGGCUGGCACCUCCUCCCUGCCCCCUUCGUAUGUACUUCAGUUCCCCCAAAGCCAGGGAAGGGGAAGGGCUGAGGUGAAGUGCCCAGAUGAGGGGCGGAGAAGGGAGUUGGCUCCUAGAAGGGCCUGGCCCUGGCAGGAGGGGCUGGAACAGGGAAGAGCACAGCUCUCUGAGCGCCACCUGGUCACUCGCAGCUCUCCUCCUCUGCCACGCCGGAAGAGGGUCCUGGAGGUUGGCCCAAAGUCCAGUGUGGUCCUGGCAUAAUGCCCUUUUUGCAGUUAUUUCUGAUCCACUAGUCCAAGAUUCUCUGCGUCUUCGGGGAUCUUGCAGCCUUUUCACUUUGUUCUCCAUAGGUCCAGAGAGCAAACACCCAUUAAUUGGGAACAUACCAGGUACCCAUUUCCCCCCUCGAAGCAGCCCUUCAUGCUUCUAACUGGAAGGAGCUGCCUCUUCUUCAUGUUUACUGUCGCAUUCUGUAUUGUUCCAGGGGGCACAGAAUAAUCUCAUCUAGCCCGAGUUGGGAACUGUCAAUGAACUCCUUGUUGGCAUAGGUAAAGAGAACGCCUGUUAGUGACGGAGAGACUCGGGCCCGAGAGCCGCCACGUUCCCUGUCACUAUCAGGAGUCCCGCUCCUCCCUUCCUGUUGGCAAAGGAGCGUGAGGUGUUAGAAGUGAGGAUCCCUGAAUCUCCAUGGGACCCUUUCCCCACCACCUCGCCUGUGUAUUCACCAAAGACAGGGAUGAGGAGGGUGUCCUGGCCAGCCCCAAGGGUUGGGAGAAGGCCAGUAGCCCCGGCGGGGUCCCGGGGCGGGAGGCGGGCCAGUCUGUGCCGGUCGGUCGUGGGGCCCUCCCAUCUAGAGCCGCCUUUCUUUUCCCCUCAAUGUGUCCCCCUUUCCGACCCUCUUUGCUGAUCUGGGUUCCACUUUGCCACCUUUCUUUCCCUCCUUUCGCAUGGUCGUGCAUACGGACGGCGGAGCCCAAGGAGGGGGCUGCUCAGCCUAUCUGGGCUAUUGCUGAGCUCCGGGGUGAGGGGAGGAGGGCUGGCCGCAAACAGCGGGAAGCCACCGCCCUGUACUCCUGCAGGAGGAGCCGAGGCCACGCUGGGCGGGGUCUGGAUGCCACUUUCCAUGCAGCAGCAUUUCACGUGUGACACCAUCCUCCCCUUCCCUUCGCCCCUCUUUCCCACAUUCCCUUCGUCCUGCCCCAGGGCGGGACGGAAGAGCUGGAAGAAAGCAGUCAGUGUGCCCUCCCAGCUGUGCCCCUCGAAGGUCUUCACUCUCCUCUGGCCUCCUCCUUGCCUAAUUCAGGGGGUCCCCGCUGGAGAAGAACCACCACUGUCCUCGAAGUAACCAAGGCUGGAGCAAAUCCCCCUCUUGGCCCACCCAGCCCUGUCCUGGGAGUUACUUCUUGGGUUUCUGUCCUUCUGAGGCUCACCACAUGUAGUUGGCUUUGUUCCUUCCGGCGUGUCAGCCCCUCCACUUUCUUUCUCACUCCACCCUGUACCCUUGUCGUCUGCUCUCCCCGCUCCCUGCCACCACCCAUACGCAUGAGCCAGUGUGCAGCUACACCCGGGACUCUGCAGUCAAAUGAAGCCAGCUUCCCACAUCCCCUUCUUCGGUUUGCCGUGAGAUGAUGUGGGUUUCCACCGUGUGUCUGUCAUCACCUCUGUGUCUUUUUUCCUAGCCCGAUCUCAUACUUGUAUAAACUACUAACGGUUGUAUUUCACCAAAGGCAUGUGGCAUAUCUACCCACUUCAUGUAUUCUGAACAAAAGCAAAAAAAUACAGAUUCCUACCAUUAAACCGA